AGCGUCAAGUGUUGUGAGCAGCAUGUCCUACAGCACCGUGCUGUUGCUGUAGGUUACACUGAUGUCAGUUAAAGACAGCAGAUUUAACCCGAACUGUAGAGGUCAUAAGGUAUACUGUCGUUAUUCUACGGGGAGACAGACAGAAAGCCCAGUAGUUAUUCAGGGGUUGCAUGUAUUUAUGCUGUGUCACACACAGUUAACGUUAGCCGAGGCCUAGCAGUUAGCGAGCUAAUGUGACAUUUCACCGAGGAUUGCUGGAAAACUUCUCAGAUGACUCAACCUCUCGACUGGUAAAGAUAAGUGCCCACAGGAAAAACAAACUCCAUCCUCACUAUGACAGCUCAGGAAGGAGAGGGAUGGGGAGGCAUCAGUAUCCUUUAGAGGACAUGUCCUUGGCAUGAGUGUAACAGUGUAUUGCCACAGUGGUACAGUACGCCCUUAACUCAGCAUGCACCCUGACCUGUCCCCUCACCUGCACACGGACGAGUGUAAUGAACUAAUAACUCGUCUGAGGCAGUGCCACACGGAGCACAAUGUCCUGAAGUUCUUUGGCACGUGUAAUGAUGUGGACCGUGCUGUGCGUCAGUGCCUGAAGAAAGAGAGACUGGACAAGCGGGAGCGCAGCAAGAAACACGCGCAAGAGAUGAAAAAGAGGCUGAAAGAAGGGCCUAAGGAGCAGCUCUGAAGGACAUUUUACCGCAACUUUUCUACUGCCACUGCGAGUUAGAAGUAUUAAAAUAUUGGAACACUGAUUCAUGAA